AUGACUGAUGCAGAAACACGUUAUGCUCAGAUAGAAAAAGAACUCUUAGCUAUCACGUACGGAUGUGAAAAAUUUCAUCAAUAUAUCUAUGGUCAAAAGAUAGAAGUUGAAACAGAUCACAAGCCACUUAUUCCAUUGUUUGUUAAGUCAUUGGCAGAUUAUCCUCUACGCAUUCAAAGAUUACUAAUCAGAAUACAGAGAUAUGAUCUCAAAGUGUCAUAUACACCUGGAAAAUACAUGUUCACUGCUGAUACACUGUCACGAGCAGUAGAUCCAAAAGCAGAAUUGAAUGUUGAAACUGAAGAAGAUAUCAGAGUCUAUGUAUAUAUGAUAAUACAAGCAAUGCCAGUAACAUCAAACAAAAGACAAGAAAUUGUUGAAGAGACCAAAAAAGAUGUAGAGCUUCAAGAGUUACUAGCCACCAUCAGAAAUGGUUGGCCAGAAAGUAAGCAACAAUGUCCAGCAAGAAUAAAACAGUACUGGAACAUUAGAAGUGAACUCUCUGAAGCAGAUGGAAUCAUCUUCAAAGGUUCUAAAAUAGUAGUUCCAAAUUCCAUGAGACGAUACAUACUAAACCAAGUACACGAAGGUCACUUAGGCAUUGAGAAAUGUAAGAAACGUGCUAGGGAAGUAAUCUAUUGGCCAAGAAUCAAUACAGACAUAUCUGAAAUGGUCCAAAAUUGUACUUCAUGCCUUAUGUACAAACCAAAACAACAGGCUGAAAGCCUAUAUCCUCAUGCCGUGCCCGAUCGUCCAUGGGAAAAAGUUGCCGUAGAUCUAUUCACUUUGAACAAAAGAGAAUAUAUGGUCGUCGUCGACUACUACUCACAAUACAUUGAAGUAUGUACUAUGACUUCAACUACAAGCAAGGCCGUGAUUAAUCACAUGAAAGCAAUAUUUGCUCGUCAUGGUACACCAUGCGAACUGAUUUUGGAUAAUGGUCCUCAAUUUGCAAGUCAAGAAUUCAAAAGCUUUGCAAAAGAAUGGGAUUUUCACCAUACCACAUCAAGUCCACAUUAUCCACAAUCAAAUGGCCUCGCAGAAAAUGCUGUGAAGAUUGUCAAAAAUCUCAUACUGAAGUCACUGCACAGUGGACAAGAUAUCCACAGAGCUUUACAAGUCUAUCGAAGUUCACCAAUAGCAUGCGGAAAAUCUCCAGCAGAACUUCUGUACAAUCGUCAGAUUAGGUCAAACCUUCCCAUGCUUGAUACAUUGCUCAAUAACCAACAGAUUGAUACUAAAUCUGUGAGGGGAAGAAAGGAUGAGCAGAAGGUGAAGCAAAAAGAGCGAUUCGAAAAACAUGCUCGAGACGUGCCAAAGCUAAAACCUGGAGAUCAUGUGAUACUCCAAGACAUGAAAACUAAUACCUGGUCACAACGUGGUAUCAUAAAGUCUGUCAAUAAUCAUAACAGAUCAUACCAAAUUGAAACAGCUACAGGCGAGAUACGUCGCAGAAACAGACGUCACCUCAGGCCAGAUCCGAGACACCAAGCCGAGUCUAUUCCACUACCAACACAGGAUGACUUCGAGCUAGAUGACAGCACAGAAGCGGAACCAGCAUCUGAUGUUCGCGCAUCUUCAUCAUCAUCCCGAACAACCAGAAGCGGACGAGUCGUUAAACCGCCAGAUCGUUUAAACUUGUAA